AUGGCUCAACAACUAUCGCUCGCCGAGAUCCGAGAUCUUAUAUUUGGGUUAUUCCAAUUCAUUUUGCAAAUAAUCCAGUACAAGAUUAUCAGUCUCUUGGGCAUUGAAUUUUCUCUGGCUCGAGAGAAAAAUCUAGGUAUCUUCAAGAUCGGCUAUGUCUGUCGGCGCUUCUCGAUUCGGCAGAUAUGUGCGAUAACUGGAGAAUCCAGUACUCGGCCCACAUACCUACGCUACUGUGAAAGCCGAAAUAUCAAACCCUGUAUCGAGCCAGUGCCCAAUGGUGGGCAUGCGCUCUGGGUAGAUAAAAAGCAGUCACCAGAGAAGGUUUUUGUGUUCAUUCAUGGAGGUGGAUUUCAUGUCGGGCUAUCGAGCGGUCAUAUCAAGUUUAUCGACUCCGUAAUCACCGAGGCAAAAAAGUCCAGAGUUUCUUUAUCCACCGUAAUCCUAGGGUAUGAUCUGGCACCUGAAAGCAGAUACCCGACACAACUCAUCCAAGCAAUUUCACUUUUCAAGCAUAUUCUCAGCUCGGGUAUCAGCCCAUCGCAAAUUAUCUUAGGCGGUGAGUCUGCAGGCGGAAAUCUAAUACUAGGUCUCCUCUCACAUAUCCUUCAUCCCAACCCCGAGUUACCAAUACUGCCCGGACCGGUGCCCCAGAUCAGCGGAGCAAUUAUAAUCUCCCCAUGGGUGUCGUUCGACACAAAUAGCGAGUCUAUGCAGGGCUAUAAUUCUGAGCAUGAUACUAUCUUCCCGGGUAUCAUUGAUGCGUGGUCAAGCAGCUAUCUCGGGUCGCAGGAGGCAAGGAAUGCAUAUUCGGAGCCCAUGAGAGCGCCGGAAGGAUGGUGGAGUGAUUUGCAGGGCGUGGUAAAGAGGAUUCUUAUUACCGCGGGGGCGGAGGAGGUGAUGCUUGAUGACUUGGUGAAGCUUUCACAGAUUUUGGAAGGUAUGAAGGGAGUAGAGUUUAAUCUUGAAAAGGGGCCACACGCGGUUCCAAUACACUCUAAUGAAGAGGGUGGGCCAGAAGGAUCGGUGAUGUGGAGUAAACAGGUGAUGUGGGUGGGGGAGACAUUGAAGGAGGUUUAG